AUGACCUCCGUUAUGCUCGCCCUCUCGCCGUUCCUACUGUUAUUCGUCGGCGGUGCUAUUGCGCGAUCCGAUCUGGAUGACUUCAUGUCCUUGGUCACCCUUCCAGAUGUCUGGGUAGUGAAUUUUGAGGUGAUAUAUCAUGAUCGCACGCGCGUGAGCCCAGGGUAUUGGUUCGUGGCACCAUAUGGAAAAAUCGAAUACCUGAAAUCGGGUCCCCAGCCGUUUCAAGUGGGGCCGUAUAUCUACGAUGAAGAUGGCGUUCUGAUCUGGGUCGGCUCACGCCUGUUCAACAACGCCAACGUGUAUGAUUUCAAGGCGGUUCAUCACAUCGACGACAAUCCCUACCUUUCGUUCAUUGUACAUGAGAAUGACGGCCAUUCAAAAGGACGUGGGAUCGUCAUGAACCACAGCUACGAAGUCGAGUCGGAGGUGCAGGCACUGGAAGACUUGGCACAAUUCGAUCUCCAUGAAUUCAAUAUCCUCCCAGGGGGCAAGACGGCCCUCACCUGCGGUUAUCAGCCCGCGCAACUGAGCCUGGCGGACCUCGGACGCUCGCAGGAACAGUCAUUUUUUCUCUCAGUUGGGUUUUACGAGGUGGAAAUUGCCACGGGCGAAGUCGUGAUGCGGUGGAAUGCCUCUGCGCCCGGAAAUGUUGCGAUGCACGAAUCGGUCAAGCUUUUGGCCAACACAGAACCAGAAGAGGCGCCAGGGAAUGAUUAUCUGCAUAUUAACUCGGUUGACAAGAAUGCAGACGGCAACUAUCUGAUCUCCAUCCGCUUCACCAACACCAUUUACUUGAUCUCCGGCGCGGAUGGCUCAAUCCUGUGGCGACUAGGGGGACGGGAGAGCGACUUCGAUCAAGACUUUACCUUCUCUAAACAGCAUGAUGCAAAAUUUAUCGAGUCUGGGGGAACCCGCCACGUCAUCUCCUUCCUGAACAAUGCAGCCGAUCACGAAGAAAAUGAAGAGGAUGUCUCUUCAGCUUUGAUUGUCGAGCUCAACACCGGCAGUACUCCGAUGACAGCGAAGGUGAUCCGGCGUUAUGACCGCCCUGAUGGCCAACUGACUCGACUUCGUGGCAACGUGCAGCCACUUCCGAAUGGCAAUGUAUUUGUUGGGUGGAGCGACAGUGGCUAUCAUUCUGAAUUUUCACCCGAAGGUGCCAACUUGAUGGAGGCCAAAUUCGUGAACUCUCAACUAUCGACCUACCGAGCAUAUAAGUUCGAAUUCGUUGGUCGGCCGACGGCACCGCCGGAUUUGGUGGUCUCUGUUGCCGAAAUCACGGAAGACAAUCUGACAACUGUCAUUCACAUUAGUUGGAACGGCGCCACAGAGGUUGCUUCGUGGAACUUUUACGCACAGGCGGGGGAGAGAGAGCCCCGUCGUUUCGUUGGAACCACGAACAAGACUGGCUUUGAGACGAUGCAUACCAUUCAGGGUUAUUUAGACUGGAUAUCAGCCGACGCAACCGACCGCGACGGCAACAUCUUGGGCAGUUCCGCAGUUGGUCGUACUACUGUACCCACCGAUUGGAUGGCAUUCCAAUUCAAUAAAUCCAACCAGGGAGUCCCGGCGGACCCAUCGGGUCCCCUUUCAAGCAUUGUGGCAGAUCCCACGACAGAAAACAAUGACCAGGUUGUGGAAGUCUUGGGUGAAUCAAUUGACACUUUCCAUACCCUCGGUGGCCUUUUACUUCUGAUACUGGUAUUGGGCUCAUCCGGUGCAAUUCUAGUCGGGGGCUAUUGGAUGGUCACAAAACGGCGCAUAAAGACAUACCGGCAUAUUUAUCAACAUAUUCCUCUGGAUGACUCAGAAGAAACCGAACUGCCUACUGUCAUAUCAGCCAGAUAG